CUGUAAUCCCGAUCUUCUGCCCACAAUUAGUAUUCAUUACCCGCAAAGUGAUGAACCGCUCAAGCCCUUGCCCAGCCCCCCAAAACAGGCUCGCACAACACUACAAGUUCGUGCAAAUUCUUGAUAUUAUGAUCAAGCCAAAUAACUUGCUCUCCCUACUAUAUAACAGUGUUCAAGCGACUUAUUUCAAUCCAAACACAACCAACAAAUCAUUACAAUCAUGGUUUUCUAUGCAUAUCUCAAAAAUAGCACCGACAACUGGAGCUAUCGCUACGUGAUUACCUUCGCUAGCCGCGCGGUUGCCGAUGAGUGGUGGCGUGCCGUGUCCACUACCACCGUCGUUAAGUUCUCAGAGAGUAUUCGGCGUGUCAACGCCCAGUUCUACACCCAUAACACGGGGCAGGCCAACGCCACCGACUCCCUCACGACGAAUCGAGUUGCGACCCAAUUUCUCAACAAGAUGUUUUUCACAUUGUUGAAUGACCUAGGUUUUCGCGGGCUGAGCAUCAUCCCGUCGCCUGAACAUUUCGUGGACCACAUCAGCGGAAACUCUUUCUUCAUUCGCUCCAAAGUCUCUCCUUACGACUACUGGUACUGUCCCCUAUCCUCUAACUUCAACGCGUCAAACGCAGUCUAUGUUUCGCGCACCGAGCGCACUCGCUUCCGUGUUAGUCUUGGUGACAGGGACACUGCAGGGACCGUCAUGAUUGGCUCUGACGAGAUUGUUAUCACGUUGACCACCGUCAAUCUGUCCAUGAGCGUCAUCGCCAACAGCGGUCAAGCGAUAGUUUCAAGUGCUCCUACUAAGUCGAGGUUCAAGUUCAGUGAUCUUUUGAGCAGAUUCACUGUAGGGCCUACAUCGUAUAAGGAUGAUCAGAGCUUGGAUAUGAAGGAGCUCAUCUACACGGAUGAUGGAGAGGCUGAGUGGGAACUCGCUUGAAAUGUUAUCAUUUGACACGAGGUUUGUCUUGUACUAGUACUGUACUACUGUUGUAACACCGGAGUAAUUUCAUUUCUUGUUGA